GAUAAGCAAUGGCUGGACAUUCUGUGAAAAGUCUUCUAAAUGUGUGUACAAGAUCUAGACUGGUACGAUGUCCGCAGUCUUAAAACAACUAUUUUCCAAGUACCUGAUCAUAACUAACACAGUGACCAGUGGGACCCUUUUAGGACUUGGUGACGUCAUCACACAGGGUCUGGAGGCUGAGUAUGCGUCCAGGGCGGGAAAUGUGGCUCAUCAAUUUGACAUCCAUAGAACAGGUAGGAUGAUUCUGAUGGGUUUGAUGAUUGGGCCAUUUGGUCACUUUUGGUACACCAAACUGGCCGACAAACUGGUCCUCGGAACCGGACCAAAGGUAGUGCUCAAGAAGAUUGGCGUGGAUCAAAUAAUUUUUACCCCUUUCAUCACUUGCUUAUUUUUUGGAGGAAUGGGUCUUCUUGAGGGGAAAGAUUUCAAUGGUGCCUUGAACGAAAUCAGGACAAACUUCCUAACAGUAUAUUCAGUAGACUGUUGUGUGUGGCCCCCAGCACAGUACAUCAACUUUCAUUUCAUUCCGGCCAGAUUUCGGAGCAUCUAUGUCUCCUCUAUCACACUUUGCUGGAACACUUUCCUGUCGUAUAUGAAACAUAGGGGUAUGACAGCCGAGUAAAAUUAAACAGACUUGCAGACUCCAUCACAGUUUAUGGGGAAAAUUGUGAAUCGAUCAAUGCUGUUGGCGCGAUCUCUAUUCAAAAUACUCUGUUAUGUCAUAAUUUGAGUGUUAAUGCAUUUUUUUAUUAAAUAUUUUGAAAUUUGG